AAUUUGUACAAGUGAUGACCAUUUCCAGCAAAAAAGGGUGUGAGUGAUGGAAAUAAUGGUUGAUGACAUGGCAGAACCUGAUUGGAUGUUGUAAGUGAUGGAAUGGUUAGUGAGUUAUUCCACCCCUACCCCCCUAACUCAUAUACAUAAUCCACCCACAAUAUCUCUUUCUUGAUUUACGUUGCCUAUAUAACUCAUACGCAUCCACCCACAAAAAAAAAAUUACGUAAAUAACAACGAUCGAAUUAACACACACCAAACCAAAUGGGGACUAUUGUUUUGUACCCACCACCACUUAUGGGCCACUUCAUUUCAAUGGUGGAGCUCGGAAAGUCCAUCAUCAAACACUAUCCUUCCUACACUAUCACCGUGCUCUCCCUCACCAACUCUUUCAACACCGGCUCCAUCACCUCCUAUGUCCGUCACAUCUCCGCCACCAUCCCCGCCAUCACGUUCCACCACCUCCCCCUUAUCCCUCUUCCCGAACACGAAAUUCUCCCCUCCAUGCUGGGUUCUGUGGUCGCUAAUCUUAUUGGCCGUAGUGUCAACAACGUCGCAAACGCCCUCCAAUCCAUAUCCCCGACCGCGAUAAUUGCUGAUGUCUUUUGCACCUCCGCUAUGGCUUCAGCUGCAAACCUCAACAUUCCGGUUUACUUCUUCAUUGUUAGCGGGGCUUGUUCGGUGGUCGAAUUUCUUUAUUUCCCUACGCUUGAUCAGAAAUACCCCGUAAGUUUUAAGGAUAUGAAUGCACUCGUCUAUGAACCGGGACUGCCACCGAUACCGUCGUCCGAAAUGCAGGACACGAUUCAAGAUAGAAACUCCGAGGCAUAUAGGGGGUAUCUUGAACUCUCACGUCGCAUGCUCAAAUCAGCCGGGAUUAUUGUAAACACGUUUGAUUCGAUGGAACCGAAACCGAUUAAGGCAAUUCGUGACGGGUUGUGUGUCCCUGAUCAGCCUACGCCCCCGCUCUAUUGCGUCGGGCCGCUGAUUGCUGAAGGAAGCGACGUUUCGCAUGAAUGUUUGAAGUGGCUCGAUGGUCAACCUAAAGAGAGUGUUGUUUACUUGUGUUUUGGGAGUGAGAGGGAGUUUUCGAGUGAUCAGUUAAAGGAGAUUGCUAAGGGGUUAGAGCUGAGUGGACAUAGGUUUUUGUGGGUGAUACGGAGCCCAUCAGCUGAAAAAAAUGAUGAUUUGAAUUUAUUGUUGCCAAAUGGGUUUUUGGAACGUACGAAAGAUAGGGGUUUUGUGCUGAAUACAUGGGUCCCGCAAGUGCAAGUGCUGAAUCACGAGUCAGUUGGUGGGUAUGUGACACACUGUGGCUGGAACUCAGUGCUGGAAGCCACAUGUGCUGGUGUGCCUAUGAUAGGGUGGCCGUUGAUUGCGGAUCAAAAGUUAAAUAAGAUUAUGAUGGUUGAAGAAAUGAAAUUGGCUCUCCCAAUGGACCAGUCAGAGGACCGGAAGGUGACGGCUGCAGAGGUGGAGAAGCGGGUUAGGCAGUUGAUGGAUUCGGAGGAAGGGAAGGUCGUUAGGGAGAUGGCGAAGGCUAGGAAAGUGGAUGCGGCGAGGGCACUGAGCGAAGGAGGGUCUUCUCGAGUGGAAUUGAAAAGAUUGGUCGAGUCUAUUGGACGUAAUUCAAUCUUAAAGUGAUCGUUAUCCUACUAGCCGUUUGAAGUUGUUAUCGGAUGAGAAUAAUGUGCAUGGUCAAGCUAGUUCCUGAUUUUAUGGCUUGAUCCAGUUUUUACGUAUUGAUUGUUAUUUUUUCUUUUGUUGAA